AUGAAAAAGCACACGAUUGAAUGUAAAUCUCAUUCUGCUGUUCCAUCAUCUACUCAACCAAUAUCUACAUUCUUCACAGUUAAUGUACAUAAUAAAUCACGUACUACUCGUUUAGCAAAACAUAAGUUGAAAAAAGCGAUUGCAGAAUGUUGUAUUCUUGAUAGUCGUCCGUUUGCACUUGCUAAUGGUCCUGGUUUUCAAAAGAUAAUUCACGAAGCAAUGUCAAUUGGACGUUCAUUACUCUAA